GACGACAGUUGCUUGAAACGCACACGAUGACCAUGCUCACCGAUUCAACGACGACUCAUCAACCUCUCGCAUCGUUCGUCGCGCAUCCCGUCGGAAUGUCAGCGGCGACCGCAGCUUCAUCGCGGGCCCGAAGUUUCGUCGAGCUCCCGGUGGAUCGGUGUUCUCCCACUGACCGCGUCGAUUCCUAAUCAUCAACGAAGUAACCGCCAACGAUCCAACGAAAACGAAGGUGUGUGACGCUCGCACAGCUCGUGGUAUGCUACGUGGUGAGAGGCAAUACAGAUAGAGGAGGAGCAGGGGACCGACGCUAUGGUGCGUGUGAUAACAGUACACAACUUCCUGGGACAGAAUGUCACCCAGAUUGAGGAACCGAUGGCGAUGUGCACGGCCACCAGCCAGGGUCGCGAGAUGCUCCUGUUGGCGUUGUCAACACAUUGCGUGGAGGUAUGGGACUUGAUGAACUCUGACGUCAAACUGCACACAGUCUUUCCUACGGUGGAUAUGAUCAAUCAAAUGGCACACUGCGCCAAGGGUGACUAUGUCGUGACAUUGGAAUCAAAAUAUCUCAGAGACAGCGCGAGCAAUAAUCAUGUGAACAGAGCCACUUCUAAUUUUGUAAGGAUUUAUGUCAAUUGGGCUGUAGUGAAGGAUCAGAGUCAAGCGAUGCGAGCCAGGAUUGCAGGACGUGUUACCCCGAGUCUGAAUCGACCCUUGAACAGUCUGGAGAUGAUAGAACUGCCACUCAGUGUGCAGCCCACAUUAAUCGCCUGCUGCCAAAGCACAGGUAACUUACUAGUAGCCUCGGGAAACAGCGCCAUUCUGCAUGAAUUCAAGCUGGAGACGCAACAGGUAUCAAAGAUGAAGUUCAUAGACUUCGAAUCCAGGCCAUGGUCCUUGGGAUUCACGUUUGCACCUACGCAUAUGGAAAUCAUGGAAGACUUCGUAGCCAUCAUGGACGACACAAAUCUCUCCGUUUUUCGUCUCACGAAUUCAAUGUAUGAAGACAUCGACCAACUUAGCUCAUUAGCUUCCACGAACUCCUCCUCCGUCGACAAGACAUCCAUAUCCACAGAUUCGUCGCUCGUGGAGAACAGCAACAGCUUGGGGAACGAUGACGCGAUGCAGCAGCAAGUAGCGAACACAAAACCAAAGUCCGCGGAUCAUGAUAAUCAAUCUGAGAGCAACGAGGCAAUGCCGAUUAGUCUGAAAUCCAAAGAUAAGAAGCACAGAGGCUCGAAGGGGAGCACCUGGUGUAGAUUAGAAACAAGCGAUUUUAACCGAGCAAGACCAAGUAGUAAUAAGAAUUACAUAGACUGGGAGCACUUGGUGUGCAAUGAGAAGGACGAGAUGCAGAGGCUGAUCGCGCAGGGCAUCAUCGAUUCCAAUUCGCAAUCGUUGACGGUGAGCUUGCCGUCGAUAAGUCUAGAGAGAGCUGGGCCAGGCCACACCCUGAGCCCUUUCGUGCUGAACUCAGCAGACAUCAGGAUCUUCAUCAAGACGACCUCGCCCGACGUGGGAUGGUCCGAGAAUUACACAAUAAAGAACCUACUGUGUCUGAAGAUCAACGCUGGUAGUAACGGCAAUAGCGCCAAACUCGACGGAGUUCUGGAGGUCUUCAGAUGUCUGGUGCUGAAACCGUUGUAUUUGAAGAAGGAGUGUAACACUGCCGGCAUGAAGAAAUCUAUAUUACGGUCCGGCAAGUACAGGUACUUACAGGGUGUAAGUUGCUUUGUUUGCACGAUGCAGGAAGGCUAUUUAUAUCACUUCCCCGCAGCGAGCAACAGCUCCCUCGACGCCACGUGUCUCACCACCUAUCCGUUCACGGCACCUGUCUAUCACAUCGCGCUGGAGCACACGGUGCUUCAUGCGCUUACGGAAGCCGGUCUCGAGUCCUACACCUUACGUUUGUCCCAUCACAUCGCCAAGCUGACGAGCAGCGCCGAUAGCACCAGAACAAUAUGUCCCAGUCUCAGUGAACCGGUAUGCCUGAUUGGUUUGAGACCAUUUCUAGGAAUACAGAAGCUCUUACACACCAAGAGCUACAUAAUCUUGCUGGCGAAAGCCGAUAGCUCUUGGACCAUGUACUCCUUGAAUCUACCCAGUCUCGAGAACGUGUACUUCGACAUUCUGAACGCCGCGAGGAAUCACAGGUCUUCCAGUCCGAGCACCUAUCGGCACCUGCUGGGAGAAGCGCACGCCUUGAUACGCUUGGCGAAGGAUAUUUCCUACAAUGACAAUAAUGAGGAAUUCGACGACGUGACGCACAAGAUCGAUCUCAAGCUGAAGAACCUGUAUAAUCAGUCAUGCGCCUUGCUCGCGGAUUAUUACAUACGAUCGGAGGCCGAGUCCGAUUGGGACCUGUGCAUCCCUUACUACAAGAUGUCCGGGCUGAAACCUUCCGAGGUACUGUCCAGAAAGUGCAGUCAAGACGCGCCAGGGCUGCUGACGUUCUUGACAGACGCGCUCCUCACGAUGAAGAGCGGCUCCGAGGCGGACGCGCUUUUCCAAGGAUACAACAUCAUGGAGAUCAUCAGCAAGCUGGAGAAAGAUGACCUAUUGAAACUGAUCUUUGGCAGUCCAGUGUUGAGGGAGUACGCCACCGAGAAGCUGAUCAACGUGCUGCUGACUCACGAAAUCGACGACAUCGUGCAGCUCGCUCUGGCGAUUCUCUACAUCCAAGCUGAUAAGCAGAAGCAAGCGGAGCAAGCGUUGCAGCCGGUAUCCGCGCGAUGCAUCAAGCAGAUCGUUCUGGAGCGCUGGGAGUUGCUGUUCGAUGUGACCGCCAUGAAGAAGAGGAGCCCCAUGAUCCCUACUUUCUCGGAUUUCGCCGGCACGCUGAUGCUCAUCAAGAACACUAUUUUCGCGGAGAUUCUGAUACAGAUCAUCGAGGACGAAGGCACUUUGUCCUUGCAUCAGAUUAUACAGGUGUUCUUAGAGUACCUGCCGUCGCGAGUCGGCAGGGACGGUCACAACGCGGCCGCCACGUUGCAAGCUUUCCUCGAGAAGUACCUGCACAACUAUUUCAGCUCCAAGUCCAUGACAGAGUGUGCGAUCGUGAAUAAGAAUCAGGUGCGCGCGGAUUUUGCCCUCGUCGAGGCGUUCAAGUUGCUGGUACGAUCUUAUUUAGGCAAGCUGACGCAGACGAAGGUCUACAACACCGAGUCCAAGGAGGAUCCGAAGAGCGAUAACGAGUACUUCAUGUUCGGCAAAUACCGGCCGAGCUAUCUGAACAAGAUGCCGCCGUACGCCAAAGAUUAUCAGAAGAUCUUGAACAUGAAUGACUUCAAGGACCUCGCAAACUUCAACAACACGCCCGACAGCGAGAAGGUCAUGCCUAAAGAAUUAUUCAAGCUGCAGUCUGUGCUGUCGUGCGAAUUCCUGCCGAUCGAAUGCUUGCACGAAGUCAAGCAGUUCCUCGAAACGCAGAGCAUUGACGGAGACUUGUCUCUCAAGACCUUGUGCAUUCAGAACACAGAGGAAGUCACGGCGAUUCUGAUGGAUAACUGCUCGCAAGCGGUAUUGCAGUAUGCAAAGGAUAAAUACACGAAGGAUACCGAGUGGAAGUACCUUAUCGAAUUAACGCGAGAUAAGAUCGCCAUGUCAACAGCGCAGCAGGAGCUUCAGUGGUUGUACACGCAGAUCAUGAAAGAGAUCUUGAAUUAUCUACCGCACACGUUGCCCAUGAAGAGUCUACAUCGCAUCUUACCGAGGGACGACAUGGCGGCGUUUCAGAGAUGCACUGAGAUGUGCAAUCAAAUCAUGCAUGCGGAUCACGUGAAGUCGUUGAUAAUGGAGACCGGCCAGCAACUCUUGACGACGCUGAAAUUGUGAAGAUAAGCUUCUUACCAAAUAUCACUUAACUAGCUAGUCUCUCUAGAAGCUCGAAGAAGUUCGGACUCGGGAUACACGAGUAUGAGUCCUGAUCGUUAUAUCGAUGUUUUUUUCAAACAGCGAAACACGGCGGAGUAUAUUACUUUGUGCACAUUUUCACGAUUAACUAUUUCUACGAACUUUCAGACAUAUGUUCCUGAUCCAAUAGUGAAGCAUAACGAGGCGACGUUUGUUAGUCGUGCCGAUAGAUAGAUAGUUGUGCCGAUGCACGCAUUUUUAACGAUAAUAGACAACUUUUUCGUUUUAAUUAUAAAUAUAUAUAUAUAAAUCUAUAUAUAUAUAUGUGUGUAUAUAUAUGAAUAUAUAUAUAUAUAUAUAUAUAUUCAUAUAUAUACACAUAUAUAUAUAUAUAUAUGAAAGAAACACGGAGAUUAAUAUUAUAGAUAGAGAAUUUGUCUAUAAUUAACUGUUGAAUCGUGCGCGCGCCAAGUGCGUGUUCUAUAUAGAUAUAUAUUAUACUACGACUAAAAAUGUAAAAUCUGUCCCAAAGCAAAUAUGGUGUAAUAAUGUUAAAUGCGCGAAAUGUCACGCGUCGAAAUGACGCAUGUGGAAAUCUGACAAUUUGAAAUGCAAUACCGUUUAUAUCGAAGUAUUCGUAAUGCUUAAUUGAU